AGCCAGUAACAGUGCGAAGAAAGGAAUUUGCUGCUGUUCAAAAAUAGUUUAAUUUAGCUGGUUUUACUCCCUUGAAUAACAAUAAUUGUGAUUAGAUUCAGUGCUCGAAUGGUUCGGUUGUGUUUUUAAGUUAAAAUCCAUUUGCCUAGAACGACCCGAAGGAAACUGAGUUCGAUUUGAAGGUGAAAGUUAACAACACACGAUAGUGAAAAAUUCCCAUGCCAGGUCGUUUUUGCCUCUGGUGGAGGGGCAUUCGAGUGGUAAAAACAUUUCCUGCUUUAAUCGCUGCUACUGCUGCUGUGUUGGAUUAGCAGCUGCAUCGGUGGAGUCAGUGUGUGGGAAAAUAAGCCUGCUGCUGCCACUAUUGCCAUUCACCACCCGGAUAUUGAACCCGGAAGCAGUUGAAAUGAAAGUAGCAGCAAAAUGAUGCACUAAAAAAGUAAGGUGCCCUGUGAUCCAAGUAUGGAAUCCAAAAUGUCGUCCUCGUUGGCAAUCGGGAUUGAUUUCGGUACCAGCUUCUCCAGUGUCGGUGUCUACCGGGGCGGUCGGUUCGAAAUCAUUGCCAGCGCGUCGGGCUGCCAUCGGAUUCCGUCGUGGGUAGCGUUUACCGAAAAAACGCGACUGGUCGGUGAAGAUGCGGUCGUGCAAGCGGAUCGAGAUCCGGCGAAUGCCGUCGGGGAAGUGAAGCAAGUGUUGGGCCAACGACAGAAAGGCGACAAACUGCGGGUUCAGUUCAAGGGGGAAACGAAAGGUUACUACCCGGAGGAGAUAUGCGGGGUGGUGUUGGGUCAUAUGAAAAGUAUGGUCGAGCGGAAGUUCGGCCAGAAGGUUGGCUCGGCAGUGAUCGCCGUUCCGGCGGGAUUUACCGAUGGUCAGCGGCAAGCUAUGUUGGAUUCGGCGGCUAUUGCCGGGCUCUCGGUGCUGAGGUUGAUCAAUGAACCGACGGCUGCUGCUAUUUCGGUUGGGAUUAAUAAGAAAGUGAUUGGAGAACAGUUUGUGCUGGUUUGUUCCAUGGGCGGUGGAUAUUUGGACGUCUCGAUUCUGACCAUUUACAAUGGGGUGUUUGAGGUGAAGGCCACCUCCGGUGAACAAAUGGGUGGUUCGCAGUUUGAUGAUCGGUUAGUGGCGCAUUUUUCAAAAGAAUUUUUGGAGAAGCAUUCCCGGGAUGUUUCGACCGAUAGAGAAGCACUUCGGAAGCUGCGCAAAGCGUGUGAACAGGCGAAGAGGACUCUCUCGUAUACGAAUCGAGCAGCGAUUGAGAUUGAAGAUCUGCUUGAUGGUCAGGCUUUCAAUUCUUCCCUGAGUCGGGAGCAGUUCGAGGAACUCAAUCGGGAUUUGUUCGACAAAGUGAUGUUGCACGUCGAAACUGCUCUUCGGCGAGCGAGGAAGGAUCGGUUCGCAAUUCAUGAGAUUAUGCUGGUGGGGGAAUCCUCUCGAAUACCAAAGGUGCAAGUGAUUUUAAGUGAAUUUUUCGAUCGACGCUCGCUCAGCAGUUCCAUCAAUUCCGACGAAGCAGUGGUGGUGGGAAGUGCAAUCGCAGCGGCCAUAUUAAGUGGGGAAAAGUCGGCGGAAAUUCAGGACAUUCUGUGGUUAGAUGUUGUGCCUCGAUCGAUUGCGCUGGUGGGGGAAAGUGGUACCGAUAGCUCGCCAAGGAUACUUAUCAGCAGAAACUCGACGGUUCCGCUAAAGGUUAAGCAUCGGGUGAAGAACUUCCGUGAGGUGCAACUGCUGUACGAAGGGGAGAGUGCCAUUGUUAGUGAUAACGUUUUACUGGGGAAAUUGUCGCUUGAGGGAACCUUUGGGAAUAUCGAGGACGUUGGUUUGCUAUUCAGUAUAGAUACUAAUGGGGUUUUGCAUGCCGUCGUCGAGGGAAAUAUUGAGCUUAAAGCUACUUUACAAAAGGAACGCCUGGAGCGGUACGAAAUUGACCGAAUAGUUUAUGAACAUAAGAAAGUGAUAUUAGAGGCUGAAAAGCAUGAGGAAGAUGCAAAGGAAAAAGAAAUGGAAAGACAGAAAGUCACGCUUCAGAAAACUUUGGAUCUGGAUGAAAAGGCGGGAUCGUGGGAACGAUUUGGCGAAUGGCUCCACUGUAUUUGUAUAGUAACUUUUGACUUGGAGUUGGGUCAAGCCAUGGAAAUGAUCUAUCCAAAACAUGUUACACUCAGUGAGCAGGAGAAAAUGAAUAUCUGUUAUUUGGCCUUUCCGGAUUCUAACUCCGGCUGCAUGGGAGACUCACAGUUCCACAUCAGACUACGGGUAUCGCCCGGAUCUGAAUCUUCAGCCCUAGGGGCGGAGCAUCGCGAGUUCAAUUAUCACUGUCUGCCGGUGCAUAAAGCAGAUCCAGGCCACUUUUGGGGAUUCGUAUACUUUCGCCAGAUCAAAGAUGCCACCUUGAAGCGAGGCUAUUUCCAAAAGAGCCUUGUUCUUCUCACCCGACUCCCGUUCAUAAAUCUGUUUUACGAAGUUUGUGCCCUGAUUGCUCCAUCGUUCUUUUCCAGCGGAGAACCCACGCUGGAAACGGUGUGCGACAACAUCUGUCAUUGGCCAUCGAUUAUGGCCGGUGAAAACCUAUCCCUCCACCUGCUGGGAAGCAUCUACGAAGUAUCCAUUCCGAAGCAGAACUACAAAUCCAUCGCCAACGAUAAGAGCAAACCGGACACAGCCCUCACCGCAAGCCCCCAAACGCAGAUAAUUGCUUCCAUCCAUGAAAUCGACAUUUUCAAAAGUCUCCAGUUCUUCCUGCCUCACAUCCACCUGCUUUGGGAACUAGUUUUAACAGCAGAACCGAUCGUCGUUACUGGCACCUCACCCACCGACUGCGCCCACAUGGUCCAAUCACUGAUGAGCCUGAUCAACCCCCUGUCGUAUUGUGCCGAAAGCCGACCCUAUUUCACCAUCCACGAUACCGAGUUCAAAGAAUUCACCCAGAACAAAAAUGGUCACCCGUCAAUUAUUCUCGGAGUCACAAAUCCCUUCUUCGCCAAAACCCUCCAGCACUGGCCGCACACGAUUCGCCUGCAGGACAGCGUCGAAAGUCAACUGCAACAGCAGAAGCAGAAACAAUCGAAAAUGACCGCCGGAGGCGGCGGCGGCAACGGCAACAGCGUUGCCGAAAACGGUCCCACCGCGUCCUCGGAAACGGCCGCAGCCCUCUCGAAACUAUCCAAAAUCAAACAAAUCACCAACAAGCUGCUGGACCCAUCCCCGGGCGUCUACACUCAGUACAAACCUUUCGUCGGCAAAGACAAAACUUUCAUCAAAAAAAUCCUGCUGGGAAUCAAAACCGAACGUCCCUCAUCGGUCCAAUCGGCCCUACUCCGUCGCCACUUACUAGAACUAACACAAAGCUUCAUGAUCCCGCUGGAACGCUACAUGGCCUCUUUGAUGCCCCUCCAGAAAGACAUCUCCCCCUUCAAGUCCGCUCCACUGCCGAACCCCUUCAAGCAGGAAGACUUCCUGGCCACCCUGGAAGAGUGCGGCCCGCAGCUGACCUCCAGCUGUAAGGGCGACUGGGAAGCCCUGUACAAGCGCUUCUUCAGCUCGCCCAACUUCAAGGGUUGGUACGAGACGCGCUACUUCGAGUUGCAGCAAACGCUGCAGGCACUGCACAUGCAAACCCUUUCGGAGUCCAACCUAGCCGAGUGGGUCAAGGAUAAGCACGAGGUGGAAAUCGUCGACAUGAUCCUGAGGUUGCGUCAGAAGCUGACCCUAUGCACCAGCAGCCAGAUGGCGGCCCUACCGGUGCCGCUCAACACUAAGGAUACUCGCGAACAGCUGCUCAAGCAUCUGGACAGCAUGAAGCGCUGCCUGCCGGAUGAUUUGAAGCUGAUUUUAAACAAUAUCUGAUGAAGAUGAUAAAGAAGUUUUUUUUAAAUAAAUUUGCUUAGCGAGAAAAUAUACAU